GCGGCGGCGGGGAGCCGUGCGGGGCCCGGGCCGGGGCCGGCAGGCACAGGCAGAGCGGCAGAGGCGAGAGCGGCGGCGGCAGGGAUGGAGGAGCGCUGCUGUGCCGCGCUGCUGCGGCUGCUGGUGCUGCAGGCGGCCUGGGCGCUGGCGGGCGGGCAGGUGCGCUACUCGGUGCCGGAGGAAGCCAAGGCCGGCACGGUGGUGGGCCGUCUGGCGCAGGACCUGGGCCUGGAGGCGGGCGAGGCGGAGGCGCGGCGGCUGCGGCUGGUGGCGCAGGGCCGGCGGGCGAGCGUGGAGGUGAGCGGGGCGAGCGGCGCGCUGCUGGUGAGCUCGCGGCUCGACCGCGAGGAGCUGUGCGGCAAGAGCGCGCCGUGCGCGCUGCGCCUGGAGGUGCUGCUGGAGCGGCCGCUGCGCGUCUUCCAUGUGCAGCUCGAGGUCACCGACAUCAACGACAAUGCCCCCGUCUUCCCCGCCGCCUGCAGAAACCUCAGCAUCGCGGAAUUAUCUGUAUCUGGGUCUCGUUUCCCGCUGGAGGGCGCGUCGGAUGCAGAUAUCGGAGCGAACGCGCAGCUCUCCUACACACUCAGCCCCAGCGAGCAUUUCUCUCUGGAUUUACAAAAAUCAAAUGAGCGAAAUCUUAUACCGGAGCUCGUAUUAACGAAAUCACUAGACCGCGAGACGAUUCCCGUGCACCGGUUGGUGCUGACAGCGACUGACGGGGGCCGCCCUUCUCUGACAGGCACGAUGGAGCUGGUGAUCUCGGUGCUGGAUGCGAACGACAACGCGCCCCAGUUCAACCAGUCAGUGUAUAAAGUGCAGCUGCCGGAGAACGCUGCCGUGGGGACGAUCGUGGCGCGGGUGAAUGCCACUGAUGCGGACGAGGGAAUUAACAGUGAGGUGACCUAUGCCGUGACGAGCUUCAUUCCCCCGAGUGGAAGAGAUGUGAUUUCCGUUAAUUCAAAGACAGGGGAGAUUCACCUUACAGGAGGCCUGGACUACGAAGAAGUCAGUGUAUUUGAUUUUCGCAUUGAGGCGAGAGACCAAGGGAUACCUCCCUUAUCCAGUCAUUGCAGCAUGGAGCUAGAAGUGCUGGACGUGAACGACAACGCGCCGGAGGUGUGGGUGACGUCGCUGUCGGUGCCGGUGUCGGAGGACGCGUCGGUGGGGACGGUGGUGGCCCUGCUGAGCGUGUCGGACCGAGACUCGGGGGCGAACGGGCGCGUGCGCUGCUGGGUGUGGCCGGCGCUGCCGUUCGGGCUGGAGGCGACGUUCGCGGGCUCGUACUCGCUGGUGCUGCGCGAGGCGCUGGACCGGGAGCGGGUGUCGGAGUACGAGGUGGAGGUGCGUGCGGAGGACGGCGGGGCGCCGGCGCUGCGCGCCAGCCGCGGGCUGCGGCUGCCGGUGUCGGACGUGAACGACAACGCGCCCGCGUUCGCGCAGGCCGUGUACACGGUGCUGGCGCGGGAGAACAACGCGGCGGGCGCGGAGCUGGCGCGGCUGUGGGCGCGGGACCCGGACGAGGCGGGCAACGGGCGCGUCAGCUACUCGCUGUGGGAGGGCGGCGCGGGCGGCGGCGGGGCCGCGCCUUGGAGCGGCUGGCGGGCGGCGUCGAGCUACGUGGCGCUGGACGCGGAGAGCGGGCGCCUGUGGGCGCUGCAGCCCUUGGACUACGAGCAGCUGCAGGUGCUGCAGUUCGAGGUGCGCGCGGUGGACGCGGGGGAGCCGCCGCUCUGCGGCAACGCCACGGUGCAGCUCUUCGUGCUGGACGAGAACGACAACGCGCCGGCGCUGCUGCCGCCCGCGGGCUCGGCGGCGGAGGCGGGCGCCGUGGCGGCCGAGACAGCGGCGGCGGCGGCGGCGGCGGAGGCGGGGGCGUUGUCGGGGCCGGGCUCGGGCUCGGGCACGCUGUGGGCGUGGGCGGCGUGGGGGGCGCCGGCGGGCCAGGUGCUGGCCAAGAUCCGCGCCGUGGACGCCGACUCGGGCUACAACGCGUGGCUGCGCUACGAGCUGUGGGAGCCGCGCGGCAAGGGCCCGUUCCGCGUGGGGCUCUACAGCGGCGAGGUGAGCACGGCGCGCCCGCUCGACGAGGCGGACGGCCCUCGCCACAGGCUGCUCAUCGUCGUGCGCGACCACGGCGAGCCGGCGCGCUCGGCCACGGCCACGCUCAGCGUCUCGCUGCUCGAGCCCGCCGAGGCGGCGCUGGCCGCGGCCGCGGGAUCCUCGGCGGCGGCGGCGGCGUCAGGCUCGCGGUCGGCGGCGGCCGUGGAGCUCGGCGCCGCUGCGGCCAGCGCGGCCACCAACGUGUGGCUGGUGGUGGCCAUCUGCGCCGUGUCCAGCCUCUUCCUGCUGGCGCUGGUGCUCUACGGGGCGUCGCGCUGGGCGCCGCGGGCGGCCGUGCUCUCGGCGCCCGGGCCCACGACGCUCGUGUGCGCCAGCGAAGUGGGCAGCUGGUCCUACUCGCAGCGCCACAGCCGCAGCCUGUGCGUGGCGGACGGCGCGCCCAAGAGCGACCUCAUGGUUUUCAGCCCCAACUUCCCUCCGCCGCCGCCCGGCCCCGCGCCCAAGGACACGCAGCCGGAGCCCUCCGCUCUCCUCGACACGGUCAGUGCCACUGCUUUGCUCAGCUUCCCCUCUCCUCCUCUGCCUCUUUUCUCAUCUGCUCUUUCUCUCCUGCCACCUGGGUAGUUCCUCCUUGCAGCGAGGCUCCGCCCCCGCAGUCUGAGGGCAGUGAGUUUUUAAGGGUGUUAAAGGGACAUUUCCAUCUUCAGCCUUGUCCUAUCCUGAUUUUGCAAUUUCUCUGAUGUGCAAGCAGGAAUAAGGUAUCAUGGCACCGCAGAGCACUCAUCAUCUACAGCUAAGUGUUGAUACGUGUGACAGAGUUGUAUUCUAGAAUGAAAUCACUGUGUAUUUCAGUAAGAGGUUACAGCUGUGCAGGCAACUUUCUUACUUCAUUGCAUGUAGUGUUUCAGUAUGAGCUUUGUGCAGGAAUACAAAACACGUUGUGGUGGUAACAGUCCCCCAGUCACUUUGAUUAUUUUUGAAAACUCUCCUCUUUCAUUUUCCUUGUAAGAGAUGUGACACAAUCUUUCCAUUGGUACUUCAAAAUUUUGGCUGCCUCUGGAAUCAACAGUUCUGCAUUUAGGUUGUGUCAGCAGACUCAUUAAAAAAGUAGGAAAGGCAGCAUGGGCUUUUACUGUCAUCCUUUUUCCUUGCAUCAUUUUUCCUUCUUUUACAAGAAUGUAACUGUAGGAUGUUUAUUAAAAUGGCAGUGAUAGUGUAAGGCACAGAUUUGAUCUUGAGCAGAUGGAACAGUUGCCCAGGAAAGUUGUGAUUAAUUGGGGAGACCAUGGGCCAUGCCUUAAGUCAAAAAUGAGUGGUGAUACGGUUUUCUUGGGAACACAUUAACGAAGGAUAUUUAUGGUGAAUGAGCAAUACCUAGAGAAAUCUGUGAGGCAGGAGGCACAUGCUGUGCUUCUUCCUGGAAUCCUUUGCAAGGCUCUGAGGUUCUGGAGUUGGAGGCUUUGUGGACCUUGAGAUGCUGUGUGGUGUUGGUGGCCACAAAGUCCUUUGGGGUGGUGAAGAUACCCUUUUAGAGGAAAUAAUUUGUGCUGAUACAUCAUUACUGUCCAAACUGUGUUGGUAAGAGGAAACACAACGCUGACUAUUUGAUGUAGUAGUUUGUAAUAGUUUGACUAACUACUUCCCUCUUAUUUUGAGAAAGGCAUAUUGGGAGGGUAGGAAUUCAGCUUGCUGGAGUUCCUGUAUAGGCAUUCACGUCUAUAGCAGCUUCCUCAUCUCUUGGUUUUGAGAUGGUGGCUCCUUUCCUCUUUGUCAAGUGGGAUUUACAGGAGGAUGUGAUGAUGAGGAGGAUGGUAUAAUCUGUGUGUGCCACAUUUCUCUGAAUUGAGCACUUGCAGUAUCAGCCUCAGGAGAAAUGGGAUAUCCCAUUGUCAUGUUCAACCUUGAUACCUGCACAGCCACUGAAACCUUCCAGAGCAGCCCUACUCUGAUAUUAUCAUAAAAAUUCUCCCCCACGAUUCAUAAUGUGACUGUGCUUGUGCUUCAGCAUUUGGUGUGGUUCUCUCAAAGCAAAAUUAGUCUUGAUCAGGAUCAGAGCUGUCACUCUGAUCACAGAGUUUUAAACAUCUCUCAUGUGUAAUUCUGAGGUAAGAACACAUUAGUUGACAUUUGAGAUUGCUGGAAAAGCAUAGAACGUUUAAGGUGAAUUUUAGGGAGCCUGACAGAAAUUCUGUGGUUUUGCAUCCCUUCAUAAGUUUUUUACACGAAUUGUGAGGGAAGGUGUGGAUGGGCAAAGGCCUGGAUCAUGCUCAGAGUGGGCUUUAUUGCUCAGCCAAGCUGUUAUGGUGGGGCACUUUGGCUGCUGCAGCUGCAAUUCUCUUAGUGGCAUGGAGUAUUGCUUGGGCCCUCUGUCAUGGGGAGGGUGACUUUGAGUGGAGAAGUUUCUUUUCUGAGGAAAUGGAGAUGCUGUGUAGCAUUAGCACUGCCAUUGGGGAAGAAAGCUCCAGCUGCUCAUCUGGAGAUUCAUUUCCCAGAGCUUGGGAUAGAGGAUUCCACUGGAAAACCUUGUGAAGUCACCUGUCCCUUGAGGCUGUUUGCCUGGGAUCCUCUCAGGUCCCUCUGAUGUCCUGUGUGUCCUUGGUAUUGUCCAUGCUCUUCCUACCCAAUGUGAGGUCAUCUACCAUACACAAUUUGGUGCACUUGCUUCUGAAAUUACAAUGUUGGUGUUGAUGAAACAAGAGCAUUUCCAAGUAUCAGUCUUGCUUGCUUAUCUUUUGUG